AAUCGAUCUAAGCAUCGUACAUACAACGUAAUUAACGUACGGUAACGUUACGUUCGUACUUUCAUAUACUACCCCGCAACCAACGAAGAUUAUCGGCUGGCCCAAAAAGGCGACAGAACCUGGACUCCAUCGACACGAAUACAGCCAUGAGAAGGCGCAGUUUUGCGACCUGCGAUUUGUUUAGGGAAAUACUAUUGUCCAGGACAGUAGUGGUUUUAUUGGUUAGCUAUGUAUGCACUGUAUAUACAUUACCUUACCUAGCCUCGUUGCCAGCACACCUUCAGGCUGAGCUGGGAUUCCUCUUGGUCGUCCCAUUUCCCGUUGACCAGUUCCUGGAAUGGCAUUCAUCAGUGUGGCCUCCACCACAGAGCCGGAAAACGCUAAUUAGUACCGAAGACCAAGGUAUAGUGGCUCGGUCUGACCCAGAACAAACCGCAACAAGAACUGCUGUCGGAUCCGAAACACAAAAACCCCGCCAUAAGCAAUUCGUCACUGACGACAUCUGCAACCCAACUUCAACACCACCAUCGCCUGCUUGCCGCUUUGCCGCAGGGUCCACGUUUAGGAUAUUUUCCAGGCCCUCACGCGAGCGGACUCGACCCGAGCAAAAGAUUUAACGUUAUAGCAAACUAAUUCGACUGAACACCAGAUCGUCUGCGACAUUCUCUAGAACCCCACCUUUUCUCCCUGGGCGCCCCGCCG